AUGUUGAAAAACGACGCAGCUUAUAAAGUUGCUAAGAGAGCCAAGAAAGCCACAGAAGAAGAGGCAAACAAGGAAUCAAACAAAAAGGUCAUCAAGAAAAUGCCAACGAAUGCAGAGGAGAUAACCUUGAAGAAAAAAGGCCAAAAAGCACGCAAACAACGUAGCCGCUCUACAACAAAGUCUCAGUUGAUGAAGAAGAGCUCAAAGACUUCAUAUGCGAAAGCCAUCAAGUACAUCAAUGAGCUUGAGAAACAGAAUAGGCAAGCUGUAACCCAGCCUAAUGCUUCGUUGAACGACAACACUAGACAACUUGUCCAUGCAAACGGAGCAUUUCAUUUUGACGAUGACAGCAUCGACCAUGGCUUCGACUACAUAGAGCCUUCUAACCAGCGUUAUGGUUUCACAACCAUUUUCAGACAAAAAAAACAAAGAAGAAUUAGAAAAGACUUUUGGGCUCAAGAAAGUGUCUCGCUCAAGAAGUGGUAUCUUAAAUCUCACGGGAUUCAUGGCCAUGCUGACCCUACCCUCAAAGUCCCAAAUCAAUUGAAAAGCACAUAUCAAUGCGACUGCAGCAAUAAGAAAACAUUGGAGGUAUAUUGUUAUAUGCUACACAACCAUCAAAAAAUCAAAGUUGAUUAUUGUAUGCAUCAACCAAUCCUAAAGAAAUUGGUAUUGAUGCAAAUGUUGCCAAGCAGCACAAUUCAACCAAAAGCUGCGGUCCAUUUCGCCGUCUCUGAAAAACUGAUGAGCUUGAAGCUACAUGGAAACAUUUCAAAUUAUGCAUUCGUGAAGACGCAGAAUGUUGAUAAUCUCUUGUUGAGUAACUAUGGUGAAAACGACUUAAGUUAG